AUGAGUGAACACUUGAAAGGGAGCUACUACGGGUCCUCUCCCCCAGAGCUGAGACUUGUUCUUUUGGGAAACAUUGGAUGUGGAAAGACGUCUUCAGCAGACACUAUCCUGGGCCAGCUGUCCCCCAUCUCUCCCAGUGCCUCCAGGAGCUGCCAGCUGCGACGGGGCAUCUCUGAGGGCAUCUCUGAGAGCAGGAGUGUGACUGUGGUGGAGGCGCCGAGAUGGUACUGGGACGGCGUCAAGAUGGAGGACAGUGUCAGGAAGGAGACAGAGAGAGCGAUGACGCUGGUAGCACCAGGCCCACAUGCUAUUUUGCUGCUCGUGCCGGUUAACCAAUUCACAGAGAUGGAGAGUCAUGUGCCUGCAGAGCUGGAGGAAGCGUUUGGGGGCGAGGUGCUGGAUCACACCAUGGUCCUGCUGACCUGUGGGGACUACUUGAUGGGAAGAACAGUGGAGGAAUACCUGCAGAAAGAACACCCGGGCCUGAGGCAAAUAAUUGAGCGCUGUCGGGGGAGGUACCAUGUCUUCAAUAAUCGUAAGCGUCAGGACAGGGAGCAGGUCUGUGAGCUGCUGGAGAAGGUGGACAAUAUGGUGAAGGAAAAUGGGGAAUACUAUGUGAAAACGGCUCAGGAGAGAGAGCUGGAGAAGCGAGUGAAAGACAGACGGAGAGAACUUAUGGAAAGUUACAGAGCUCAAAAGGAGGAGAGAAGAGAGACUGUCGCUUCAACACACAUCCAAAGCACAGAAACACGCAGGAGUAUCGAUAGAGAGGAGAACAGUGCCGCCUUGGAGAGGAGGAGGAGAGAAGGGAGGGAUGAGAUUGAGGGAAGUGUGAGUGUGAGCCAAAGAUCUAACGGGCUUCAUUCAACGCCAGCACCAGAGCAACAGUCCUAUUCAGAGACGCAUAAUGAAAGGCAGUUGAACAGGACGCCCAGUUUCAGACUAAAUGCAGAUGGAGCUAUACUCUCACAAAUGUCUGAGGUUAAAUCAACUCCGAGAGUGGUCACUACUUUUCAUCAAAGAUUGAACAGCUUUGAAGAGAGAUCCCCUGAGGCGUCUCCGACUUCCUCUCCUCAUUCGCCAGUCAUCCUCUCUUCCCCGUCCUCACCAACCUUUGCCUCCUCUCCGUCCUCAUUUCCCUCAUCCUCCACUCCCUCCUCAUUCCCCUCAUCCUCCUCUCCCUCC